CUCAAAUGGAGCUACCCCCACCACCACUAACAAUCCCGCUCUGCAUCUCAACUUCGACCGCGAUCCACUACAACAUCGCCACGAAAACACCUGAUACCCAACCUUAACUCGCCCUACGACAUCCCACAAGUCCCACCUCUCCUUUUCCAAUGUCAGACCGCGGCGCAUUCCGGGGCGGACGCGGCGGUGGGCGUGGCGGCGGGGAGCACCACCGCGGCGGCAGGGGUGGAGCCCGGGGCGGAGGUGCUGCUGCAACUACGGAACGGCCGAAGAAGGAGAAUAUCCUCGACCUCAACAAGUACAUGGACAAGCAGAUUACGGUCAAGUUCUCUGGGGGACGGGAAGGUAAGAUCGAAUGCUCUCAUGCUCGCGCGCGUUCUGGAUUUUGCAGCGUUGGAGGACUGGCGGGGGGAUGGAGGGAUUGGGACGGCAGUGCGGUCUUUUGUGGUGCUAAUUGGAAACAGUCAUUGGGACGCUGAAGGGCUACGAUCAGCUCAUGAAUCUGGUGCUGGAUGAGGCGAAGGAGAUUACGAAAGGUGAGUGUCCCAUAUUAGCUAAAUUG